AUGAGGAACUUUUCGCCAAGGCAAGCUCAGAAUUUCACCCCGAUCCCAAUGACGUAUGGGGACCUCUUGCCAUCUCUCAUCGCCAACCAAUUGGCCGUGGUGAUUCCGGGAAGGAUCUUCCAGCCUUCGUUCCCAAAGUGGUAUAACCCUAGCGCAACCUGCACAUACCAUGGGGGAACCCCGGGCCACUCGGUCGAACAGUGCUUGGCCUUGAAGAGCAAGGUCCAAGGCUUGAUAGAAGUCGGAUGGUUGACAUUUCAAGAGGACGGGCUCAACAUAAAGACAAACCCUCUUGCCAAUCAUGGAGGGGGAGCUAUUAAUGCCAUCGAGGUGAGUAGGUCGCACGGGCCCAAAAUUUUGAAGGACGUAACGACCUCCACAAAGUUUAUCUAUAAAGCCUUACCAAAGGCGGGCAUGAUUCCCUGCGGCGGGCACAAAGAGGAUUCAUGUUUAAUGCAUACGGGCGUACUGCAUGACAUGGAAACGUGUUCAGCGAUAAGAGAUCUAUUACAACAAAUGAUAGACCAAGGUCGGCUUGAGGUCAGCAAUGAGGAGGAGGAGGAACAACAUAUAUGCAUGCAGUCGGCAGAUAAGAAGGGUCCUAAAAAGCCUAAACCCUUGGUAAUACACUUCACUAGGGACACGGCUCCCCAAAGGCCCCGACACCCCUCGACCGUGUCGGGAGUUAGACCUAUUUCGUUUCCUUACAAGAACAGCCACAUAGUUCCAUGGAGGUACGCCCCUCCGGGCGGUAGGAAGGAAGAAGCUAUCGACAUCGGCUCACUAUUGGCCAAAGUAACCAACAUCACCAGGCUGAGCGGCAUAACUCGCAGCGGUCGCGUGUUUGCACCCCCUGGCCUGCCAACGCAGCUCGCAAACGCUAAAGGGAAGGCAAAGGUGACCGAAGGACAAAAUGUCAAGGUGAUCCCCGCACCAGACGAGGAUGUUCCGACAAACGAAUUUGCCGAGGGAAGAGAAGACUGCGGCAAGAAAGAGGUAUCACUCAAGGAGGCCGGUGAGUUCCUCCGCAGUAUCCAACAAAGCGAGUUCAAAAUCAUUGAACAAGUCAACAAGAACCCAGCUAGAGUCUCCCUUCUGGAGCUGCUCAUGAGCUCUGAGCCUCACCGAGCUUUGUUGGUAAAAGUCUUGAAUGAAGCUCACGUAGCCCAAGAAAUCUCCAUAGAAGGCUUUGAGGGGAUUGUCAAUAACAUCACAGCCAACAAUUACCUCACCUUUGCUGAAGAGGAAAUCCCCGCCGAGGGGAGAGGGCAUAAUAGGGCCUUACAUGUGUUGGUCAAAUGCAUGGAACACGUUAUGGCCAAAGUACUCAUCGACAACAGCUCAAGCCUGAAUGUGAUGCCCAAGAGCACGUUGGAGAAGUUUCCAUUUAAUGCCUCCCACCUGAGGCUGAGUUCCAUGGUGGUCAGUGCCUUCGAUGGCAGUCGCCGAGAGGUAAGGGGAGAGAUUGACCUCCCAUUACAGAUAGGGCCUCAUACCUGUCGAGUUACAUUCCAAGUGACGGAUAUCAAUCCGGCCUACAAUUGUCUUUUGGGGCGUCCAUGGAUCCACUCAGUGGGAGUCGUCCCCUCCACACUCCACCAAAAGCUAAAGUUUGUUGUGGAAGGACAUUUGGUCAUAGUAUCAGGUGAGGAAGAUGUCCUGGUAAGUUGUUCUUCCUCUAUGUCGUAUGUGGAAUCCACGGAGGAGUCAUUGGAAACGACUUUCCAAUCUUUUGAGGUAGUAAGCAUCGCUUCUGUAGAUUCCCUCCCUAGGCAGCCCCACCUGUCUGGCGCGGCAAUGAUGGUGGCCCGGGUGAUGUUAGGGCACGACUAUGAUCCCGGAAUGGGUUUGGGCAAGAAUAACGACGGCAGGGCCGACCUAGUAAGAGUUAGAGGAAACCAUGGGAAGUUUGGGUUAGGCUAUAAACCUACACAGGCUGACGUAAGGAAAAACAUCUCGGAAAGGAAGAACAAAGGCCAAGGCCCAUGGUCGAGACAGAAAGCCAAAGAGGUUCCACCGUGCCACAUCAGUAGGAGCUUCGUGAGUGCAGGUUUAAGACGCGCAGGACAAGUCGCCGCGAUAUGCGAUGAGGACUCCCCGAGGAGAUCGGAUUUGAUACAGCCAUGCCCUCCCAAUUUCCAACUAGGGAAUUGGCGGGUAGAGGAACGCCCGGAGGUUUACACGACAAGCAUAAUAUCCAAUGACGAGUCCCGCGAAGGUACUAAUACCGGGGACCCGACCGUCGAUUUUGAGCAAGAAGCGAGUCAGAUGGAGGAUGAAGAAGACGAAGAUGUAGGGCUUCCCCCAGAGCUAGAGAGGAUAUUUGCUCAGGAGGAUCGAGAGAUGAGGCCGCAUCAAGAAGAGACAAAACUCGUAGACUUAGGUACCGGCAGUGAAAAUAAGGAAGUGAAAGUAGGCACGGGUAUGACCACCCCCGUCCAUGAAGAAUUAGUGGCCCUGCUGCGGGACUACCAAGACGUCUUUGCCUGGUCAUACCAAGACAUGCCUGGUUUAAGCCACGACAUUGUGCAGCACAGGUUACCUUUGAACUCCGGUUAUUCUUCGCUCACAACUACCUAUGAGCCGUUGUUCAAGCUCUUACGCAAGAACCAGUCCGUCCACUGGGACGAGGAUUGCCAAGAGGCGUUUGGAAAAAUCAAACAGCGCCUCAUGAACCCUCCCGUGCUUAUGCCGUCGGUGCCUGGGAGACCUCUCAUCUUGUACAUGACGGUUUUGGAUGAGUCAAUGGGGUGCAUGCUGGGGCAGCAUGACGAGUCCGGAAAAAGAGAGCGAGUCAUCUACUACUUAAGCAAGAAGUUCACGGCCUGUGAGAUGAACUACUCCCUGCUGGAAAGGACAUGUUGCGCUUUGGUUUGGGCGUCCCACUGUCUAAGAUAG